GAGAGGCCCUGCGACCCUUAGACUAUAUAUACUUAUAGACACGGCCUGUAGAUAUGAAUCCACGAGUCGANGUGAAGCAAAGAUAAUAUCAUCUACGUGACGUCACAUGUGGGCAAAAGAUAAUUCAAAAUGGUGGAUACUGCAUGAGACAUGCUAGAAAAGUGCUACAAAUAGCUUACAACAGUUUACAUCUUACUAAGUAAUUGUGGAUACUUAGUAAUAAUGGUGCAAACGUGUUGUGUCACAAAUUGCAAAGAACGGCAAAAGCGUGAUAGGACUAUAUCUUUUCAUCAAUUUCCAAAAAAUCCAGAAUUACAACAGCAGUGGAGAAAAGCAAUAAAAUGUGGUAAUUUUAAUCCUUCAUCUCAUGCAAGAGUAUGUUCAAAACAUUUUUCAAGUGAUUGCUUUGUUGAAAGUCCUUGGAGUUCGAAGAGGAUAUUAAAAUCUAAUGCUAUCCCAAAUGUACCACAUAUACUUGAAACGCGACAUAUGCAAGAAAAGGAUAUACUCAAUGUUCCAUGCAUUGAAACAAAAAACAAAACUGCAAACUUAAAAAAUAAAUGUGAAGAUGAAAGCUUAAUACAUACUGUUAGUGCUAACGAAGAAAAUGUAUCACUGGAGAAACCUUUAAGAAAGAAGCGAAAAGUUUAUGUUGGUGAUUUUGAGGAAUGUGAUGUAAUAACUGAGAAAAAAAACUAUGUAGAGAUCAUUAACACAACAAUAGCAAAGAAAAACAAACAAAUUAAAAUAUUGCAACAGAAAAACAGAAGGCUUAUAAAAAAAAUUAAAGAUUUACAUUCGGUAUUUGGUAGAUAUACAAGAAAAAGAAGGAUUACAUCUAGGAACUAAAAUAACAAAGCGGCAUAUUAACUGGUUUAAAGAAAAAAUGAAAGUGAAGCUCGUUGCCCAAACGUUUAGUUUCAGUGUAGCAAAAGCCUUGCAAUAUUUAAGAGAAACAAACUAUUCUCCAAAUUUUGAAAAUUGUGAAGCAACGGAACAAUUUGUUAGUUUCAUGAACGAUGCUUUUGAUAUAUUGAAUAAUAGAAAUCUGUUAGCCAAGAGUUUUAAAGCUGGUGUACAACAAUAUAAUAAAGAU